AUGGAAAAUAUUACUGUCUUCUUUUACUUUAACCUCACCAUGUUUGAAAAUAUUGGACAAUAUCGUUAUGCAGCUUUUGUCUUUUGCCUCCUCCUCUACAGCUUCAUCGUCUCUGCUAAUCUGGUCCUAAUCCUGGUGAUAUCGAGGGAGCGAAUGCUCCAUGAGCCCAUGUAUAUUUUUAUUGCCUUUCUGUCUGUUAACGCUCUGUACGGUUCUUCUGGCUUCUUCCCCAGAUUCCUCAUGGAUCUUCUGUCUGACACUCAUUUGAUCUCACAUCCAGCUUGUUUUUUUCAGAUCUAUGUUAUAUACAGCUACGGUUCUUGUGAAUUGACCAUCUUAGGUGUUAUGGCGUACGACAGGUAUGUUGCUGUGUGUCAUCCUUUACACUAUCACACAAAGAUGACACCAAAAACAGUGAUGAAGUUGGGUGCGUUUGCCUGGAUUUGGCCGGCCGUGAUUCUCACUGCGGUCAUUUCUUUAUCCGCAACACUUCCAUUCUGUGGCAGAGAGAUAAAGAAGGUUUAUUGUGCCAACUGGAAUGUUGCUAAACUGUCUUGCGUUACCACCGUGGUUAACAAUAUUGUUGGUAUGCUGCUGACCAUUAUGACGGUUUUCCUCCCACUUUUAUAUGUGUUGUACACUUACUUGCGAAUUGUGUUUGUGUGUCUGAAAAGCUCAGUAGAAAUCAGGCAGAAGGUCUUCCAGAGUUGUCUGCCACAUAUUGUCUCAUUUGUGAUUUAUUCAAUCACUGGAUUUUGUGAUAUUGCCCUGAGUCGAUACAAUGUUGAACACUUAAAUCCAUUUGUGGCUAUAAUUUUAUCACUAGAAUUUGUUGUCAUUCCUCCUAUUUUGAAUCCUCUUCUUUAUGGUUUGAAGUUACCAGAAAUAAGAAGACACAUAUUAAGGACAUUAUGUUUGACAAAAACCCACAAGGUGACACACAGGUAG